CAAUUACUGAAAGCCAAUUAUCAGUAAGUUUCUCUAAUUUGAUUGUGUAAUAUCACAUUUUUUGUAAAAAGAGACAGGCACAAUUACAUCAAACUGAACUUACCAGAAGAGAUUCAGAAAUCACACGUUUAAAUCAAUGUAUCAGCGAUAUUAUGAAACGACUUGAAAAUUCUUUACUAUCACGUGAUAAAGUUCAGUCUGAACUUGCUAUUCUCAAAGAACAAUUAGAAAGAAGUAAACGUGAUCAAUCCCAACUUCAAGAUCAAUUGGAUUUAGAGGCACGCAGUAAAGAAAAUUCAGUUUCUUGCUCGAAUAGUGUUUUCCCAGGAGUAACUGCAUUAGGUGAAACUAUUCAAUUCUCGCCGUUAGAGAAUUUAUCCCCAGAUGAAUUACUGGACCCGAAAUUAUUGCCACCUUGUCAGUAUGAUGGGAAAGCUGGAAAUUUAACAAAAGUUUCAAAUCUUAUAAGUAGUGCAUCGUUUACUGGUCUGGAAAGUAGUGAUCCAAAGUGUGAAGUACAAAAUGAACUGGAGUUGACUGUCUCUUUAUCAGAAGAUCAGGGGAAAACGUAUAGUAUUGUGUCAAGUAUUGAGGAUAGCAAGGUUAAUAGUGAAUAUGCGAGUUCAAAGACAGAAGAUGCUGUCAACAAUAACCAAACAGAAAUUAUUGAACUUCAGAAAGAAUUGACUGUAGUUCGAAAACAGUUGAGAGAUCAGAUACAGGCAAUGUCAGAACUGAAAGCUGAAUACGAUAUGUUAACUGUGAAUACACAUCUAGGAUCAGUGAUUUCAGAUUAUGUUACUUCUGUCACUAAAGGUGUCAGUAUUGAUUCACAAACUUCAUCUAUCAUCGGAUCUGUUGGUGAUGAUUUGCCUACAGUUAGUACACCUCCGCGUAAUCUUGGCUCACCAGUUUUUCCAGAAACACUGGAGAGUAGUAGUGGUCAAGAUGAUGGCAGUAAAUUCUUGAAUACAUGCGAUUUAACCAAUUCAAAUAAUUCAGCAUCGUCACACAUUGAAAGUGUAACUCCAGCCAUAAUAACCAAGAAACAUGAUCAGGAAAAUGGAAGAAGUAAUAAAAAACAAUCUUCAGCUUACCCGAAGUUAAUGAUUUCUGAAUUGCUCAAUCCUAUCACUGUCAUUCCUGAAGAGCAAGAAACACAUGAAGAAGGCGAAGAAGACAAGGAAGAUAAGGAGAAAUCGCAAGUGGGUGUAUUCACUCCUGAACACACUAGUUCAAUGAAUGUAUCAAAUGAACCUCAGUCCUUAUCUCGAUUACGUAAUCUCUAUGAUAUUGUACAUGAUUUAAAAAUCAGAUUAGACAGUGUUCGUUUCACGCAGCACUCAUUUGUUGAGAUGAUCAAUCGUAGUUUAUCCACCGCAGGCAUUGAUGCGUCUAUACGUUUAUCUCCUGUUCAAGAUAAAGUUGAUAACCAUGUAAAUUUUAAUUCUUCAGAAGUAAAUAAUGAAGAAUAUCAUGGCAAGGUAUCUUCACACCCUAACGGAGUUCAUCAAAGUAUAGAGCUAGCAGUAGACAGGUGUUCUUUGGUUUCUGCUGACUCACAGGUUAAAGAAUUUCAUGAUGAAUCUGGCUUAAAUCAGACGGUCGCUGAAUUAUGGGGAGGGUGUCCGAAGUCGCCUGUUCGUCGUCACCAUGAAGGAGAAAUUAUUACCCGCCUCAAUAAGAAAUUCAGUAAACCACUAGUUCAAAAAGCUGUUCAUAAAAUCAAAGGAUUAUCAUUGAAGCCAAAAAUGAGUUGUGUACCACACAUUAAAAAUAGAGAUAAAAAUCUUAUUGGUUCCACAACUUUUUGUGCCGGGGAUAUGGAUAGUUCCUUACAAGAGUCAAUGCUUUCCAAAGGUUUAAGUUGCAAUCUUGAUGUUGGUGAGAAUAAUGGUGAUACAUUGAUGACUAGACGUGUUGGAGAUUUGGUGGCUGUUGGAGAAAUAACCAUUGUAGAGUUGGAGCAUCGAGAUAUAUUUGAACGUCUGGCUUGUGCUAUGGCUAAGUUGCGGGAUGCUAUUGAUGAGUGUUCAGAUGUCAGUUCCGCCUUUUGGGAUGUUGAUAUCAAAAAUAAUCUGUCAGCUUUAUUGACGACCAGUUGUGCUGAUGCUUCACAGAUCUAUUCAGCUCAGGAUCAGAAUCAGUCAUUUGAUAUCAAGGCUAGUAGAGGACCAAAAGAUACCAGUAAUAUUGUAAACUCUUUACAAACACACAAUUCAUCUCAAAUUACUAAUGCCAGUGACAAUUUCGAUGAUGCUAUUGUGACGCCUGAUUAUGAUUCUAUCGAUUUCUUUGCGCAUAAUGGAAAUGAAAUUAAAUCGAAUCAAUUGUAUGGAUCUGUUGGGCAUGAUUCACAAAAAGGUUCUAAUCAAUCGGAUCAAUAUUGCAAACAGUUAGAGAGAAAAUUAUGCGAUAUGAUGAGAGAACAUGAACAGUUGGCAGUCAAACUAAAAGAAGCCACGGAGAAGUUGGCACGCGUACAAGAGGAAAACCACAAUUUAGAAACGGAAUACAGAUCCCUGCAUCGUCAAUUAUCGUAUCCUUCAAGUGAUACAGGUGAUAAUAAAUGUGAAACUGUAAAUACUACACCAGACACUAAUGAUGAUAAUAAUAAUAACCAUAAUCAUAAUCAACUGACUGAGAAUAAAUCAAUCCAGUUUGAAAGUAACGAUACGGAUACUACUGAACACCAGUAUCAUGAUCAAAAUCAUGAACUUGACUUAAUAAGAAUUGAAUUAGCUAAUAAACAGGAAUUGAUACAAUCACUAGAAUUUGAUCAUGCCUACAUUUUGAAUAAAUUAAGUUUAUUAGACUAUCACGAUAAUAAUGAUGGCGAUGAUAAAGAAAAUAAUAACUGUCAUUCAAAAAUGAUAAUUACUGAACUUAUUGAUGCUACCGUCGCUGAGAUAUUCGCUUCACGUACACUAAUAACAGAUUUACAAUAUCAAAUUAAUGAAUUUGAAAAGCGUUUUAACGAUUCUAUCCCCAAGGAUGAUUAUCAUCAAUUAGAAGAACAAGUGAAUUCCUUGAGAUUAGAAUUAGAUCAAGUUUAUAGUGAAGUUGAAUGCUAUAAGAGUAAAAUGAAGUUGAUAUCAUCAUCUUUUGAACCUUUAUUGUGUAUUGAAAAAUCAGUUUCAUUGAAUGAAUUAAUCGAUGGUAUUUUGAAUAAAUUUCAUGAACAAGAGAAUAGGAUAAAUUCUAUGCAAAUCGAUAAAGAGAAUGCUUUCAGUGCAAUGAAAGAUUGUCUGGCUUCUUCUUCUACUUCCACUUUUGAUGUUCAACAAAUACCGGAUUCAUUAACAAAGUGUAUCGAAUUAAUUAGUAGUGAAUCGUCUAAUUUACGUGACUUAAUUAGAGAUUUACAUUUGGACAGGAAAGAAGCAAUCAAUUUAUUGAAACAAUUGACUUCAGAUAAUGAUAAUAAUGAUUUACACAGCAUUUCUGAUUAUGUUAACUGGUUUAUUGAUCUGUUCAAUGAGACACAAAAUCAACUGAAUGAUAUGGAGCAACUGUAUGCGGUGACAAAAACUUCUCUGUCUACAUGUCUGAAUAAAUUUAAAAAGUUAGAAGAAGAUAGUAAAUCUAUGGAGGAGAAAUUGUCUGAAUAUUGUUAUCGUUUAAAGAGUUGUCAACUACGAUUAGAAGAAAUUGUGAAGACGUGUAUAAUACCUUCAACAACGGUGCAUAACAAUGUUUUGAAAAGUCUACGCGAAGCAGAAACUUCAUGUAAUGAAUUAAAAUUGAAAAAUUUGAAAUAUGAACAAGAAUUUCAGUGCAUUGGAAAGAUUGUUGGUGAAGCAUUAGCAAAAUCUGUAGAGCUGGACAAUUUAAGUGAUGAUAUAGCGGAGAUUUGUUCUUCUCUAACCUCCUAUCGAAAUAUUUCUAGUAUAGCUGAUAAAAGGAGUAAAGAAUGGGAAGUUAAGUACAAUAAUAUACACAAUGAACUUAUUGAAAGAAAUGCUGAAAUCGAUCGAUUACAAAAUACUAUCCAUAGCAGAGAUGCUAAUAUUAAAAUGCUUACGGAGACAGUAAAAGGUAACCAAGAGUUCACUGAAGAAAUUGAACAGGAAUUAUAUCGUCUACGUCAAGAGCAUAUAAACUGUCCUGGUCAACAUGAAUUAAUUAAUGUACAAACUUCACCGAUAGUAUUAAGUCUUGAUCGCAUUCAUGACGUUGGAACAGAAAUUUCGAUGAUCGAUUUAGGUGUUGAUAAAGCAACUGAUAACGGUUCAGUCAGCUGUGCAAACAAUUUAAGACUACGAAAAUAUGGUGAAUUACGGACAGCAGCAUUCGAGAUUAAAGAGAAAUUAAUUCAAAGAACUGAAAAACUGGAGUCUGCAUUGGAAGAAGUUGCUCGACUACGCAGUGUUAUUCAACAGGAUAAAGAACGUGCCAGUAUUACACUGAAAGAAGUUGAAGAUUUGCGUGAACAGGUUAUUCGAAAAAAUCGAAAAAUUCAAAGCCUUGAAGCUAAGGUAGCACGAUUACGAUCAUCUCCUUCAAAAGCGAAUGAUGCACUACUCUCACGGAUUCGGUCACCUUGUCAUCCAUUAUCAGCAAAAGAGAACCCUCGAAAUGCUGUAUGCUCUCGUACAACAGCAACAACAACUGGAUUAUUAUUCCAAUCGAAUAAUAGUGCUAUAUCUCCGGAUAUUCCUUGUUGUGAUCAUGUUGUGAAACCUUUAUCAGAUUGUACAAAUCUGUUAACUCUUUCAUGUGAUGAUUCCUUCUCAAAUAAUGUUCCGUCAUUGGAUAAUGAGCAGCUCCUUUCACCUGCUGAACCAAGUCAAAUAAACCACUGUGAUGAUUUGACUAGUCUGAUAUCAAAUUUACAAUCAUUGAUUGAUGAGUUGAUGAAAAGAAGUGUCAGUUUAAAUGGAUGUCUGAAAUGUUACCUUUCAGAAAAUUCACCUAAUUUAAUCAGCAAUAAUAUCCCUGAUGAUGCUGUUGGCAGCAGCUGCAGCAAUUCCGCCAUUUACCCUAAACAUUCAACAUCAUCAUGGAUUGAUAACGACGCAUCAUUUCGAUUAUCAUCACCAUCAUCGAUUAAUCAGCCAUUAGAGUCUCAUUCACCACCGCCACAUAUUGAUGGAGCUUGUUUGAAAUCACAUGUUAAGUCUUUGCAAAAAACACAAGAGAAACUAAGAGAAAUUUCUGGAAAAAUGGAUCAACUCUGCUCAAAAUUUAUGCGUCAAUGCGAUCAACACUUAACCUGUCAAGUAAAUUACAAGUGAUCCGUUUCCCUGUGAAAUAAUUCGUCAACAUGUUCUUCACAGUCAGGAAUAUUCCGGUGACGCAAUGUUGUAGAUCUGUCUGGGGCACUAUUCGUAUCUCUCAAACGUUUUUUUGAUUCAUUGAAUUUCUUGUGUUUAUGUGUGUCACCUUCAUACUUUUGAUUAUUCAUUCGUCCUAUAUAUAAUGACAAUUAAAUAAAAUUGUUAUCACUUUAUGUGUGUAUCUUUUUAUUGUUUUAUAACCAAAAGUAUUCUUUAAAGGUUUGAUAAGUAAUA